AUGUCGCAGACGCUCGAGCGGCUGCUGCCGGCGCUCCUCCAGCACCUCUCGGGAGAUUUUAUGUUCCUCGCUCACAACCACGGCGACGACGCUGAGGCGGGCGCGGGUGAGGGCGACACCCAUGACGUGAGGGAAGAGGCGGGGGAGGCGGGGCGAAGGCGGCGCAGCAGCCACAAUGGCGCCGGGACGGGGAAGCUGCUGCGGCAGCAGGACCUCGAGUUUCACCCGCGCCGGGCGGGGAGCGCCGGUGAGCCGCGCGGUCGCAGCGGAGUGGUUGAAAGUCCUAGCACUAGUGCCGUUCCCGCCGCUGCUGCUGCUGCUCCUGGUGGUGGUGGUGGGCAUCGUCGUAGCGCCCAGCGUUGGCGGCGUUGCGUGGAACUGUGGCGUCACCUAUUGAGUUCCGAUCGGCUGUUUCUUGCGCUGCUCUUCCACAGCGGUGCCCUGUGGGCGGUGGAGUGGCGCCCAUCGUCGGCGCCCUCCUCGGCCCCAGACGCGGCCGCCGUGACAGGCACGGAGGCGCCGCGAUCGUGGGCGAAGUCCGUCAUGUGGUUUCUGCAGCUCCACGAGGAGACGGCCACGCCGGUGAAGGACAAGAGUCACACGAGUGUCGUGUCCGACACCGGCAGCGCUGUGAAAGGCUGCAAGGGCGAGGCACGCGCCGCGUCACACAUCCACGCGGAGGACGAGGUGCUGGUGCAGCGUACGGCGAUGACGCUGCUGAGUGAGUGGUUUGCGAUGGUGGACUGCUGCGGGAAACGGUUUGCCCGCGCCUACUACUUUUCGUCUGCGCUGAAGAUCGCCGCGCUUGUUGGGAAUAUGGCGCUGGUGGAGGACAUUCCCCACCUGCACGGCCUUGUGUUGCAGGAGCCGCGUUCGGUUUCGCAGUUCACCGCAUUUUGUAGUAUUCUAUGCUGUCUCCUUGUGGAGGAGGCGCGGCAGCGGCGUCCAUUCCGCCUGCAACUGCCACCGCCCUUUUUUCUGCUGAAUUUUAACCUCAUUGGACGCGGCUCUCGCAUCGGCGUAUGGCUGCCGCGCAACUUAACCGGGGGCAGGAGCGGGGCAGUCAGCCACGGUGCAACUGCCGCUGCUGCCGCUGCUGCUGACGGUGGUGGUGGUGGUGGCGGUGCCGCGUGCGCCCCGGAAGCCCAGUUUCACUCCUGUGAGGUGUGCUCGCCCGGCGUCAUGCUCCGCGUGCCACCCGCCUCGCCAGCGUCGGCGCCCGUGGCUGCCGCGGGAGACCUCCUACUUGGUGUGCGGCUCCUCGACGAGGCGUACGUGCAGGUGAUUGAUGUGCUGCCGGUCAUGCGCCACGACGCGGAUGCCGCCGAAGCGGAGGCUGCGGAGGCUGCGGCGCACGCCGCCAGCAAACCUCCGUUAAGCAACACCACUGACGGGCGUGGGAGGCAGCAGCAGGAGCAGCAUGCCCCACCUGAGGCUAAGCGGCGAGGCCGCCGUCGGCGGCCCAGGGCCCUCUCCGCGGCCGCCGCUGUGGCGUCCUCGCCGUGUCGUUGCUGGUGUGCCUUUGCUCCGCUCACGCAGAGCUACGUGCGGGUGGAUGUGCUGCACCCACGCCCCGUCGCCGCCAUUGUGCCGUCCCUGUCGGCGUCAGCGUCCGCCGCGUCCGCGGCGGGCGGGCCGGGGCGACGCCGACAGGGACAGCAGCUUCACCACCCGCAGCCGCAGCCGCACGAGGAGGCGCCCGCCGGCACCGUGCCGCUGCGUCGGAGUUCCUGCGUCACGGCGCAGCGGGACCCACUCGCGACAAUUGUCUUCGCCCUCGCGACUUCGGCGCGUCGUCUCAUGGGAUGUCGUGGUCUGUUUGUGGCGCCGCCGCCGCCCACGGCGGCCGCCGUUCACGCCGAGGACGCCGCACCGGAGGAGGAGGUGGCGGCAGGGAAGGGGCGGCCCGCCGGUGCGGUGCCCGCUGCCGCCCUCGCCGUCCUCCACACGUCGGAGGAGGAGCUGGAGUGCCUGAGCGAGUGUGCGAUUCACCUGCUGCUGGAGGCGCUGCUGCUCUGCCGUGCGCUGUCGAGCGACGUGGUCCCACAGCUCGAUGCGUGGGCGAUGGAGGUGGCGUCCAACGCCGUCGACCUCGCCCUCGCCGCCCCCGAGCCUGUCUUGCGGCAUCUGCACGCCGUCGGUUUAGUCCUCUCCCUCGUGCCGCAUCCGCACCAGUCGCUACUCAUCACUGUGGGCCUCUUCGCCACUCUCGCCCAACGCCAGCGGGAAGGCGAUAGAAGCAGCACCAACGGCGUCGGCGGCGUUGCCUGCGCCGGGUGGUGGGAGGUGUUCAAGGCGUGCGUGCUGAAGGACGCCGUCAUACCGGGGCAGCUGUGCAGGGGCACGUGGGAGCUGGUGGCGCGGGUGGAGCGGUCGCUGCGCGUCAUUCCGCACGUGCGCCUCCAGAGCAGACAACCGCAGCAAAAGCAGCAGCAGCAGCAGCAGGAAGAGCAACAAGGGCAACAGCAAGACGUCGCCAGCACCAUUCAGGCGGCUAACGGAGAAGGCGAGUCGCAGGAGCGUGCGUCUGCGCCAGACGGCGACGGCGUGGUGCCGCGUCGUCGCCUGGCGCUGCUGCACCUCCACAGCCGCGCUGAGAAGGACAGAGCUGUGAAGAGGCUGAAGACUGAGCCACCGACGACGCCCUUGUGGCUCCGCGCCGCCAGAGUGGUGGAGGUCGGCACGCAGCCGCGCGGGUCGUCGCUGCAGGACUGGGCCAUGGCGAUGUGGUGGUCCUUGGAGCGCGCAGCCGCGGACGCCGCCUGA